CGCUCCAGCCGGGCCCCUUCCGCGCAGGCGCAUUGUUGAAGCGGGCCUGGCGAUGGCGGCGGGGCCCUGCUGUUGCUGGCGGAUGUUGGCCGGGCGGGGGGGGCGGUGGCGGCGGCGCGGCUGGACGGCGGGGGGGCUUCUUCCGUGCGGCGCCCGGGCAGCCUCGAACCUGCCCAAGGAUCUGCUGCCGGGCCCCUUCCCCAGGACGCCGGAGGAGCGCGCCGCCGCCGCCCGCAAGUACAACCUGCGCGUGGAGGACUACGAGCCCCUCCCGGACGACGGCCUCGGUUAUGGUGAUUAUCCCAAGCUCCCAGACCGAUCCCAGCAUGAAAGAGAUCCUUAUUACACUUGGGACUACAGUGAUCUGAGACGGAACCAUGGAGAACCGAUGCACUGGGAUUUUGACAAGUUCCUCCGGACUCGGGUUGACACCACCCCUACGAUGGUUCCGUGGCAUACGAUGCGCAACACUCUCUUCGGCUUUAUUGGCUUCAUGGUCUUCAUGUUUGGCCUGGGGCAGAUCUAUCCAUCAUAUCAACCUGUGCUUGCUGAAGAAAGCACCCUUGCUGGACCAACAGCAUCCCGAGUCUACUUUAACUCCUCCUGUUCUGAUUGAUGGGGAGGACCACCAUGAAAUCUCUGCUAUUCGGGACUCUCACAUCUAUCGUAACCGCUUACAAUAUUUGGUAUCCUGGAAAGGCUGGCUACCUGGACAUGACCAAUGGGUCAAUGUGGAAGACAUCAAGGCUCCUAGGCUCAUUCAGGAGUUUCAUCACAACUGUCCAAGCAAACCGAGGGGAGGGCCCUAGAGAGAGCAGAAAUGUCAGGAUACUUUAGGGGUGCUGGAGCUGCUUAGCACUUUGGGCUUAUGGGGAAUAUUAGUCUGUGUUUCAUUUCUUGCAGCUCACCACCAGGUGCUGGCCAAGGUCAGCUCCAACGGACUUUUGCUUUUAUCAAACUGCCUGCAUAUUUCUCUGUCUGUUCAUAUGGGGGGGGGGUGUCUCCUUAUUACUGAUGUUUGCACGCGGAAAAGUCAAUUCUGGCUUUUCCAAGCUGCUCUCUGGAUGCAUGAAUAAACCUCCAUUCUCUACAA